GAAACGGCGCCACGGGUUGCCAAGACCGUGGUGCUCACGUACCAUCUGCUUUCCCACUUGUGUGGGAUCUUCAAGAACCUUGAGGGUGUGAGCUCCUGGAACCUGAGCUGUUUCUUGCGGGUGGAUGAGUACCUCGAGGCUUUCCGAGAGGAGAAGUUGGUGCCCUUCGGCUUGCCAGGCCAUGGCAAAGUGGUGAUGGAGCUUCUCCAGGCCAUCAUACGUGGAAAGUAUUACAAGGAGCUGUGCAGCAUCAUCAAUGAGAUGCCGGAUGCCAGCAGUGGAGCUCAGAUUGCCAGCCACAGGGGGCAGGCAAUUUUUCAGGCAGCGUAUCAGGAGCAGCUUGAUAGCAUCCGAGCCCAGAGGUGGCGGCAGGCAUUGCCCCAGGAGGUUCAACCGGCUCAACUGGGGCCGCCUGUUGUCGAGACCGACCGGCAGCAGCAGGACGAUGAUGGAUGCUCCUCCCCCGCUGAGGUUGGACACUACAUCAAAUUUAUCAUUUUGGAUCGCAAGAGUCUUGCUGAUGGAAGAACGGUCUAUGAUGCGAUCAAGCCGAUUUUGGAUGGGCUUCCGGACCUCCUCUCGGGCGAGAACACGGCCAUUUGGCUGGAUGCUGGCGUGAUGGCAGAGCCCUCGGAGGCAUUCACGCGCUCCCACAAC